AGGUCUGCGCAGAGAUCCUGUUUCAGGCGUGUUGGGCGCACCUCUCUCUGCUGGUGAUCCAUAGAAAUAGUUCACUUCUUUACGCUCAUUUACAUCAAGACAACAAAAUAUUGCGACGUUUUUUUCUUCUUCUCAGAUGAAGCUUUGAUCUUAACCUUUUUUUUUAACAAAGCUUGUUUAUGACGGUUGAUUGUUAUAAAUAAUUACACCCAUCAUCGGUAUUUUAUGACCAUUUUUCGAGGUUUUUGUAAUUCUGGCGCAUGCUUCUUGACGACAAUAAUUACUUUGGCUCUCGUGAAUCACUGAAUGCGUUAAGUCUAUUUAUUUUAUAGCAGUUUUAAUGGUUUGUUCUGGAAAGCAGUCGGCCAUACAAAGGCGACAGGGCAGCAGCGCAGACUCCGUUAUCUCCAGAGCCGUCGGCCUUAUCUCUCUGGAUGACCGAGUCUUUGACAUAUAUGGCUGCGACCGUCCAGCCAUCGCCUGACGCUUCCUUCCCAAAAUAAUCCGACAGCAGCUGCGCCCUGCGCGGCGUGGCGCGGCGCGUCGCUCCUCCGCCGCCGCCGCCGCUUGUCCGUCGCCGCGCCGCCGCCGCCAACGAAUCCGCCGCCACAAUGACCAAAUUCAGCUAUUCCGACUACUUAUCCCAGUUCCGUAACGCGGGACGCAAACGCGGAGACGACGUGUCUCGACUGCAGGGAGAUAACAGCGGAGGAGGAUCGCCAGAGCCGCCGGAGGAUGCUCACCCUGUGGUUUCUGCCAUCAGGAGUGGAGAUGUGGAAGCCCUCAAUGAUCUGGCAGCGUCCUCCUCCCACAGCCUGCUGAAGGAGAACAAAGAUGGAUGGCUACCUUUGCACCAUGCUGCCUAUUUUGGGCAGACUGACUGCCUGAAGACCCUGUUGAAGGCCCAUCCAGGUUCAGUGGACAAACGGACCCUGCAGGAGCAGACGGCGCUGCUGCUGGCCGUGUCAUGUGAACAGUUGCCCUGCGUGCUGUCCCUUCUGGAGUCAGGCGCUGACCCCGACAUCUGCAGCAGCAACAAAGAAACUCCUUUGUACAAAGCGUGUGAGCUGGAAAAUGUGGACAUGGUAAAGCUUGUUCUGCUGCACGGCGCCACCGUGAACCAGCGGUGCGCUCAGGGCUGGACGGCGCUCCACGAGGCCGUUUCCAGGGAGAACACGGAGAUCUGCGAGAUACUGAUCCGAGCCGGGGCCACGGUCAACCCAGCCAACACCUACAGCAUCACGCCGCUUAUCGUGGCGGCUCAGCGAGGACUGAUGAGGGCGCUGUGUUACCUCGUCGGUAAAGGCGCAGAUGUGAACAUGCAGACAUGUGAUGGCCUCACAGCUCUGCAUGAAGCCAGCAAGAAUGGACACAAGGAGGUUGUCGCUCUACUCCUGUCUAAGAAUGCAGACGCCAACAAACCUGACGACUCCGGGCUGCUGCCUCUACACGUCGCUGCCCAGUGUGGUCACCAUGAGAUCGUCUCCCUGCUCGUCCCCGUUACGAGCCGAGCCAAGCUCCGGCACAGCUGGAUCAGCCCCCUGCACCUGGCGGCGCAGCACGACAGGCACGCCGCGGCGGCUGUGCUGCUGAGAACGGGCGCAGACGUGAACGCCACUCUGGCACACGGUCACUCCGUCCAGUACGCCGACCGACGCGCCACCGCGCUCUACUUCGCCGUCGCCCACGGCAGCAGGAGGACGGCGGAGGUGUUGGUGAACGCCGGUGCGAGCCUGAGCCUGGAUCCGGUCAGCCCUCUGCUGAUGGCUGCGCGUCAGGGCUGCGUCAGCACCGUGUCCCUGCUUCUGGAGCGAGGGGCCGAUACGGACGCACCGUUGCCGUCAUUUGCCACGACAUUCCCGGUCGUUGUUGCACUUUGUAAGAGUAAUCUACCUCUGCUGAGGUGCCUUUUGAACCACGGCUGUGAUGCCUUCUCCUGUUUCACCUGUACCUACGGUGCUGCCCCCCACCCUCCAUCAAGGGAAUCCAGCUUAGGAACUGUUGGCAGCCACAGAUAUGAUUGUACACGUCCUUUAAACUGUGAUGAAAGGGCAGAGAGGGCAACACAGUUCUGUGAGUGGAUCUCUACCCCAGCUAUGAGUAAAUGGGCCGGACCCAUCGUGGACAUGCUGCUGGAGCACGUCGGUCACGUUCAGCCGUGCAGCAAGCUCACUGAGCUCCUGGACAGCAGAGAAGAAUGGCACCACAUCAAGAGGAAGUCGUUGUCACCACGUCCCCUGCAGCACCUUUGCAGAUUAAGGAUUUGGACUCAGAUGGGGAGAGACAGGAGGAGAUCUGUUGCCAGCUUGCCUCUGCCAAUCAGACUGAAAACAUAUCUGAGUCCUGAUGACCUAAAUAGAUAAACCUCAGAUUUUAGUCUUUGUAUGCACGACUAUAUUUAUCUUCCUGUUUCUUUUUUUAGUCAUGUUUCAUAUCUUAAACCUAUAAUGGCUCUCUGGUGUAUAAAUGUCUAUUUAUACUUUAAACGAUGUGACAACAAGG